GAAUUACUACGAAAGGCCAAACAACAUGGCGUCUGCUGAACAGUAAUGUGCUCUUAAAAAUAAAAAAAUCCAAAAUAAAUAGCAAAUAUGGAUACAAGUAUAAGAACUCUCUUGGCUGCAGCACAAAAACAUUCAGGGCCAGAGAAAAAUCAGCCACUGCAUCAAGCUUACAGUUUAUUGAGAAAUGUAGCUGAGAGUAAACCAGCAAUAGAUGCCCCAGAAUCUUUUGGUCCAGAUCUCUAUGUCAUAUGUGCUGAAACUGCAUUUCAGAAUGGGUUAACCGAGAUGGCAAGGGAGUGUUUGAAGAUGUACUUUAUGAAACCACCACCAGGAAACCAGUUCCUGUGUAGAGCUUACCUGUGUCAGGCACAGUUGUUAGCACCUAAAGAAGCUAACGAUCCUGAACAGUUAGAAAAAGCUGUUGUUUAUCUGAUAAAAGCCAUCAAUUUUGCCAAAAACAAUCCAAGAUACCAUUUUCUGGUUUACAAUGCAUCAGUGAUUUACUGGCAGUUCUGUCGUCCUUUUCUGAAACCCAGAUACAGACAAUAUCUUGCCCACAGCUUACAUCAAGUAGUGAAGGCUUUGGAUGAUAUUGAUGACCAAGACUUUGAAUGGAGAGCUCAGUUGAUGAUUGCACUUAUAGAAUGCCAUUUAGAUGCUGGUAAGAAGACAGAUGCCACAGGAAUAGCUGGUCCUGCAGCUUCAUUCAUUAAACAGAAUGUUCCUCAGUUAUACAAACAAGUUUUUGGCCUCAUUGUUAGAAACCAAUUGCUUGAAGCAGCCAAGUUGCACAAAGAUGUGAAAAAUUCUCCUGAAUUAGCAGUUUAUUACAAAAUAUUGAAAUUAAAAGUGGCAAAUGACAUAAGUGAACCUAGAGACUACUAUAGUGAGAUGCAACACAUUCUCAAUCAAAUGGGUGUACCACAGACCUUAAACGCUAACAGGGGCAAAUCUAGGGCAUCACGUCCUACCACAACCACCAGUCCUGCUGGACGUAGUCAGGAAGAAGAAAGAUUAUCAGCUUCUUCAUCUGGACAACAUGAGUCUCGUAAAGAAGUCUCAAAAUAUCCCUCAAAGACGCCAGUUAAGGGUCGUCGUACUCCGACCCCAACAUCUACCAAAAAGCUACAACCAGAAAGCUUGGACAACAAUUUAGAUGUAAAUGCACCAGACAGACCAUAUCUGUUGUUAGAAUUAGCCAGGUUCUGUUUGGAGUUAGAUUUUCCUGAUCUUGCUCAAGAUUGUGUUGACCAGAUGAAAAAUUCUAAUGUAAAGGAUCCUGGAUUUUUUUUAGAGUUGGAGUUUCUGCAGAGUGACUUAACAGUGAAAAGUUUAGGAGACAAGCAGGAGUCGUAUCAGAAAUCAUCAGUUGAUGUUAGACUUCAAGCCAUCAAGAGAUGUGAAGAGACAAUGAUGAAUGCUAUAAGGAAUGGAGAUCCAAAUGUUAUACAAGCUGGCUGUGUUACAACAUUCAAUCUCUGCUUACCUCUCAUACAGUCCAAUCUCCGUAAACACAUCAGAAAACCUCUCACACUGUUAGCUGAAGCCCUGGAAGGAAUACAUAGUCUUUUAAUCAAUUUACGAUGCCAGAUCCACACAGAAUUGUCUAAAUGUGAAGAAGAUCAGGAACAAAUACAAGUAGCUAUGGAUCAUCUGAAAAAGGCAAUACAAUUAGAUGAUGGAAGUGUGUAUAAGGAGAGAUUAGAGGUAGCUCUACAUAGACUAGAACUUCGAGCUCAGCUGUAUAAACAGCCAGACAGACCUGAAGACAUGGCGGCCAUGAUCAUAGAACAGGCUAGGAAAGCUGAUUCAGGUACCAUGAGAAUGAAGCGAUCCUUGUUAGUGAAGGCAGGAGAGGCUCUAGCACCAGACGCUUUCCAGUUAGUGUUAGAUAGUGAAAGUGACACUAAAGAGAAGAAUGGAGACAAUAGUUACUCAGAUGUCACAGGUGGGAAAGCUCCCCAGACACAAAUAAAGAAACUUGCAAAUAAAGCCAGACAAUUUAACAAAUGUGUGAAGAAAGCUGAAGGCCAUUUAAAGAGGCUAGGGGAUGAGAAUGAUAGAGAAAGCCAUGGCGACGGGAGGGAAGAGGCACGUCUAUGGGGAGAUUUGGCUAAGACAGCGAGAAAACAAGAAGUUUGGGAUGUGUGCCGUGUAGCAGCUAGAUUCUGUCUCCUGUAUGAUGAUGAUAGAUGGAAAAAUGUUUCUCCCAUUAAGCAGGAAAGUCCUAAACCAGAAAAAAUGAGAGACACAGGAGCUUCUGUAGUUUCAACUGUUCCUGAAGGAACAACAUCUGGUACUGAUUUAGGUGAUAAAUCUAAGGCAGAUAGUAAACUUGGAACCAGACCAUCCAGUCCAGAGAGACCUGUACCAUUAUAUGAUAAAGACUUGAUUCGUAUGCUGGCAGAAGUACAGUUUAUUCAAGGAGAGGCUAUGGUACAUUUACUGAGAACAGAAGGUGUAGAACUAAAUGACAUGCCUAUACCUCCAGUAGAUAAAAGUAAACGACCUAAAGGUUAUGUUGCCAAAAAACCAGAGGAAGAUCCUGAUUGGCUAGAAUACUGUGAUUGGAUUCAAUCGUUAUCACAAGAUUGCACUAAGAGUUUCCUGCGUGGCCUUGACCUUGGUGUAGAAUUGGAGGAACCAUGGCUGGUCUGUUGUGCCACUGCCUACAUUUGGAACUACAAUAAUCAUGUACUGACACAGAAUAGACAUAGGGAAAUCAUGGAUCCUUUAAUGGCAUGUUUUGAAGGCUUGAAGAAAGUUGGCCAUGCUGGAGAAACAGUUAUGUUGGUGAAUGUAUGUGGUGCAUUGGCUUUUGCUUUAAUGAAGCCCUGGAUUCCAGAUGGACCCAAGGAGCCAGAACUUCCAAGCCCAACACCGUCACAGUCCCCAGCUAGUAAAAAAGGAGGCAAAGCACCAAAGGAUGCUAAGAAUAAACCAUCCUCCACAACACAGAUCUCUAUAAGUCCUGAUGCUCUACCUGAUCUCAAGAAAGCUAUAGAGGUUUGUGAGUAUGCUAUAGAAGUGACCAAUGGUAACAAUCCUUUACAUGUAAUACCAAUGGCUAACAGAUUAGCAUUACUACAGACGUGGGUGGCUGCCAAACAGAUGGCACAGCAACAGAUAGCUAAAACAUUUGGUGCUGAUGAUGAACCGUACACAGAGGGUCAGAGACAGAUGACCAGAGCUAUUGUGGCUGUAGAAAUGUUACAUCUCAGUAGGAAUGGUAUUUUGGAGUUUAAAGACACACCACCAGUUGCAGAGAUUGCUUCCAUGAUAGAAGAAUGUAAAUGGGCAGACAAGUUUGUAGAACUACAGUUAUGGGCAAGGUUGACUUACCUAUCAUACCUGCAGAAGAACCACACCCUUGUUAUGAGAUGCAGUAAAAAUGCCUUGAGAUUUGCUGUGACAGGGACACAGCCUAAAGGCAAAAAAAUUGAGGCUCACAGAUAUUUGGUAGAACAGGAAAUGUUAUCCUAUGCCAGUGGAAUUCUGGGACAGAGUUUGAUGGACAAUAUGGCUGGCAAGAAUGCUAUCAGAAGAGAGGCAAUGGAAGCAUUCCUAAACAGUGCCAGAUAUGCCAGAAAUGCAGAUAAUUAUGAGAUGGUGAUGACAGCAGCCCGACAUUAUUGGAAUGCUUGUGUACCACUGGUCAGUCAGCCUAUAGAGAGAGAACUACUGAGAGAACCCAUUAAAAUGAUCUUACAAUGUAUAACAGCUACUGCUGAGAAAAUAAAAAAGAAAGAGGAAAAGCAAGAAGGAGAGGGAGAAGAGAACGAGGAAACAACAAAAGAAGUAGCAGUACCACAGAAAUCACAGUCUACUAUUGGUAGUCCUGAAGAUGAUUUAACUCUCAGGGCUUCAAUGUAUGGUGUUCUGUUCCAGUCAUUUGCUGACAAGAAACAAUGGGAGGAAGGAUUGAGAACUAUGGACCAGGCCAUUAAUGACAUGCCAAGGACAAAACAUAGAUUGUUGAUCUUCAAACACAGAGUAAUGACUAAAGCUAAACUUGGAAGAAGUGUUAAUAUGGAUAUCCAGAAAUUCAAGGAUGGAUUGAGACAUGUCAAUAAGGAUGAGAGUGAAGAUUAUGUGGCACACAUGUGGAGAAGAGUGGCAUUGAGUUCUAAAGAAACAUUAGAACAACUUAUAUCAUACCAAGCUGCUAUUGAAGCUCUCAAUAGCCCCAGUAACGAAUGGUUGAAGGUUGACUUAUUGAUCGAGUUUGGACAGUGGUUGUACAGCAAUGAAUUCCCACUACAGGAUGCCAUUGAUCAAAUAGAAUGGGCUGUUGAUAUUAUUCUUAAUAUGAAAACGGAAACAGAUCUAAAGAAAGAACAAGGAAAAUCAGCUGGUGCAGACAGGAGAAAAGAAAAGAGUGUAGUAUUUGGGAAGAAAGGUGAUAAAGGGAAACCUAAAGGAAGGAGUUCAGCUAAGAGUCGUGGUGCUGCCACCCCAGUUCCUACCCAAGAGGAGGUUAAGAAAGUAGGUGAUGGAACCGGAUCAGAUACGAGGAGUAUAACUAGUGAUAGUGAUAGUGAACUUAAUCCUGAGGGUAUUGUCCCAGUCACCAAACAGGCUAUCAUUGGUGUUUUACCAGCUAACACAUCUUUGACAGUCAGUGACCUUGAAGAUGUCAGACAGAUAGAUAGUUUGAUAAGGACACACAUCUUACUGGCCGAGUUAGCUGGACAUGACUCUCCAUGUUAUAAAGAUUACCUUCUAAUGGCUCAGACAUACAUACUUAGAUUGUUACAGGUGACAGUUAGUCAGACAGGUCCAGUGAUCAAAGAAAUUGCCAAAAAUCCUCCUGCUCAGGAUCCAAAAGCUACAUCUGCUAAAGGCAAGAAGGGAGGUAAAGAGAAAGAGGCAGCUCCACCAAAGGAGAAACCUAAGAGGAAGGGACCUUUGGAUAUUUUACCAUCAACUGUGGAGGAAUGGUCUAUCUAUGAUAUACCAGAAGAGGUAAUGGAAGCAUUUAAUCAUGAUAUGAUGAAGACCUCAGGAAUUAAUAAUACUACUAUUGUCAAACCUAUGUUGACAAUGUACUACCUUGAUCAGUUGUUAGUGAGACUAAGAGGUAUAGGCUACAACCACCUGACUUUCCCAAUCUUAGUCACAUGUGAUAUUCUAUCCAGAAAUCUGUUAAAGAAUAAUCCACUCUAUGUGUUGGUUCACUCAAGGGCUAGUGAGAUCUGUUUAGAACUGAAUUUAAAGAAUGGUUAUAGUUUCCAUGAAAAGUUAGCAGGACCUGUAUUACUGAAUGAAGAUGAUCAAGCUCUAUCGAGAGAUGAAAUAGCUUUAUGGAAAGAGAAACAGAUACAGGUAGCAAGGGAGGAAAUGAGAGUGAAAGAAUCAUUAGCUAGAUUGAAAGAAGAGGCACAGAAUCAGAAGAAGACACCUCAGCCUAGAACUGCUCCAUCAAGUGCUGCCGUUAGUAAGGUUGAAGACCAAGUGAUUGAAUCACAUCUUGGAAAGGUAUUGAGUAUCAUUACUUACAGAGAGGUAUGGACAGACACUGCAGAACUACUUAUCAGACAGUGUAAUUACCAAGCAGCGCGAGAGUAUCUGAAUGAAGCUUUCAAUGCUGCUUUGGCCUUUGAAGACAAGAUUCUACAAGCUAAAAUCUUAUAUUUCCUUGGGAAACUUUCAUUGGCAGAAUCUCAGCAUGGACAGGCAUUUAACUUUUGUCAGCAAGCUCAGGCAAUCCACCAUGGAGAUGAAAUGUUUUGGUAUGAGACAACUAUGCUGAUGGUUGAUGCUACUCUACAUGAUUAUGAAAGCAGAAAUUGUAAAAGAAUUGCUCGUGGAGUUUUGAUUCAUGGUUUGAAUGAGUUCAUGAGAAUAUGUGAUGAGAGACCAAACAGAAAUAGUGUUACGGCAUUUAUAGUUGCUAUGAUGGAGGCCAAACUAGCGGAGAUUCAGACUGACAUUAUAUUUGAAGAUGAAGAAAGAGAUCUAAAUGAUCCAAAGGUCAUGAAGGCUGUAUUAACAGCAUGUGAGAAAUUUGAGUCUGCCUCUGAAAAACUUAUCAUGAUGAAGUUCAGACGAGAAGUGUUACCUAUAAUGAAGAAACAUGCUGGAGUUCUGCAGAAACUUGCAAGAAAAGCUAUAGAGAAAGAAAUUUGUCAUACUUAUUAUUUACAGGGAGUGAUGGUGCUAAAAGAGGCAGUCUGCAUAGCUGAGGAGGCUUAUCAAGAUGUUCUCACACUCCUCUCAUUACAAGAGGUUAGAAAUUUGAGUUUACCUAUACAGAGAGAGUUAGCAGACAUUAAAAUUUGUUGUGGUGAGCUGAUGUUAGAAAUGUUCCAGGUUCAUUCUAAAGAAAUGAGAAACAUACAACUACAGGACAUGAGGAAAGGAUCAGUAAUGAUGAUGGUAGAAGAUUUCAUUAGAACCACCCCACAUUAUACUCACAUGGAAAAAGAAUGGGUUGAUAUGACCAAGGUUUUGGGAGAAGAUGCUAUUCUGAAGUUUGAAGAUGCUCAUAAUUUAGGAAUGUCUGUACCUAGAAUAAGAGCAAGGGCUUUGUGUUGUCUUGGCCAGACCAUGAGAGCUUAUUCUACAUUUAUAAGUCCAGAUCCACCCACACAGUGGUUAGUCCAUGAAAUGGAAUUAGAAAAGGUAGCAGAUUCUGUAGAAGAGGAAGAGAAAGAGGAAAAGCCUGAGGUUGAUAUGGCUUCCAAAAAUUAUAUCAGAUAUUCUAAACAGAUAAAGGAUAUGAAAGAUCAGGAUGAAGUCAGCAGACAUUACAUGUUACAAGCAUCAGAAUGUUUGGUUCAAGCUCUUAAUCUGUCAUUACAGAAAGGCUUUGUGGACAUUGCUGGUACCACAUCUCUUGAGUUGGUGGACUGUUAUGGACAAUAUGACCCACAAUCAGCUAGUCAAUUCUUAGCUCUGUUCCAAAGUUGUUCAGCUUCCCAGACUUUGAAGACCUUACUCAGUAAAGCCCAAGUUGAUCCAAGAACAUCCAAGUUAGCUGCUUUACUUCACCAAAGAGACCAUUUGAUAGAUGGUGACCUGACAGCCAAUCUAUCAUGUGGUUCUCUAAUGUCAACAGUACAGAAGUCACUAGAUGAUAACUGGCAGGCAUGGAAGAGAUUGAUAAUUCAACCCAAUCAUUUAGAUAUACUGAAAGAAUUUCCAGCCAACUUUAAUUUCAUUAUACUCCAACACAGUCCAGAUAGGUCCUAUUUGUAUGGUGCUUUAUUAGAUAAACCAAAGGCUCAGCCAGCUGGUGGUAAAAAUCCAAAGGCUCAAACAACCCCUGUUCCAAGUAGAUCAAAAGUAUAUGGUGUAGAAACAAGUCCACAGCUGUUAGACGAACUGCUUACGAAGUUUGCUGAUCAUAAACAGAGUGUGCAACAACUUCUGUUGAAACAAGAAUAUCAGAGAGCACAGGCCAUGAUGAGACAGAAAAUGUUAGAAAACUUGGAUGAGAGCCUAAAGAAAAGUACAAGGGGUCCCAUUUAUGAUGAAGACGAUGCUGAAGAAGAAGCAAGGUUGCAGGAAGAAUUCAAGGAACUACUGAAUGACAUGGAGGCUUAUCUUAAGCCAAUCACAGCACAGCUUACAGGGACUCUAAGACAGAUCGGUACCAGUGCUGUUCGUCGCCCUGAAGCUUUGACACCUGCCAGCAACCCAAACCAGAAAGCGUCCCUAGAGCCCCCACCCAGUAGUGAGUGUGUAAUAUUACUGGCUGACCCAAUGCUGAUGCAAAUGCCACUAGAGGCACUGCAGUUCCUACAGUUAGAUAACAUUAUCUCUAUUUCACGAGAUUUCUCCUUACAAAUGUUCAACCACCGAGGUUACAAGGAGGAUGGUGCACAAGAGGAAACAGCUGGGGGUGACAAGAAGAAACCAAAAUCUUCAAAGACUGCAGAAAAUCCACUAUCUAGGAUUCCUGGUAUGAGAGAUGCCAGUAAGAGGACAGCCAAAAUUAUUCCUCUCAGUAGAGAUGUUCCAAGUUGGUGCCAUGCAGUUGAUACUCAUAAUUUUAGAUAUUUUGUGGAUACACAUUUAGAUAGUGCUGAAACAGAGGAAAAUAAACCAGUUGAAGUAUUCCAAACAGUUCUAGAAGAAUAUGAUCAACAAUUUACAGCUAGAUGGCUUGGUGUUAUGGGAGAUGAUCAUGCCCCAAGUGUUGGUGAAUGGGAGAUCUAUCUUGCAGAAAAUUCAUCAUUUGUUUUCUAUGGUAUGGAGAAGUUUAUAAAAUAUAUACCACCAGAAAAACUCACAGCUCUAAAUAUUCCAGAGUGUAGUAUUGUAUAUCUGUUGGACAUGGCACAGACAAGCAAAAGUUUUACCAGACAAUCUAAACUGGAUGUUCUUAAAAGUUCUAGUAUCCUGAAUCUUGAGAAACCAGUAGAAAUGGCUAUGUUAACCAGUCUGACAGGGAUCAAAUGUCUGAUGACCAACCAAUGGCAUUGUACACUAGCAGAAAAUGCUAAUAAACUCAAACUAACAAUGAAAGAUCUAUUGGAAGGUGGAAAAACCCCUGGAGAGACUGUCAGAUAUCUUCUGGCACCUAACCUUAGACCCAAAAAGGAAGAGGCAACUGAUGCUAAGGGGGUCCAGUCACAAACCAAAGGUGAAGCAGAAGAUGAACCAUCAGAAUUCUCCUACAGAGAAGCUAAAGAAGCCCUCGAUUCCCCAGAAUUGGACCGUUCUCAAUAUAAUAUGGUGGUUUAUGGACUUCCUAAUAUUGUUGUAGUUCAACAGUAGUUUGGAUACUCACAAAUUAAAAAAAAAAACAUUUAAGUUAAUUCAAAAAUUAUCUUGAGUAUAGUUUCUAAGAACUGUGUAACAUGUUUUUGUAUACCCUUUAUAUUAUUUUGGAUUCUAUCUAUAAUAAGAACAUUCCACUUUUAAAAACAAUUAAUAUUUAGAGAUUUUGCAGAUAGAAUACUGUUAAAGCAUAUUCCAGAGCAUUGAACAAAAUAAUUUUAAUAAGCAAAAGUUAUUUCAAAUUUAAAUAAAAACUUUCAAACCUAGAAUGAUUCUAAGAUAAAAAUAAAUUUUUCCAGGUUAAUUUUCAUAUGAAAAUAUAUUGUUCAGAACCAAAUUUAUAUGUUAUAAUACCGGUAAACACUUGUUUAAUGUGAAAAGUUUAACAAAGAACAUUUGUAAAAACAAGUUACUCUACUGAAUUGCUCUCUUUUCAGAACUUUCUGAAUUGCCUUAUUAUUUAAGAUAAUAUUUUAACUUUCCUGAAAAUAAAGAUACAUUAUAAGAAACACAUACACAUAUUUAAUUGACUUGUGAAAGAAAAUCUGUGAUAUUUUGCAUUUUAUUUAAUUUAUACAUGUUAAAAGUUAUAUUGGUGAUUUCUAUUUUUUGUUUAUUUUUUGCAAAUAAACAUAAUUUAUC